AUGGAUCCGGUGUCGAGCCCCCCUACCGAGUCCACGCCGGCGAAACAGUCGUCGACAUCGCCUUCACAACAUUCGGCCACUCCAUCUGCGCCGGCAGACAACGAGCCUCGAGAGCGUGCGAGACAUGCCAUGCCCGCAAAGUACGGAUACCCUCAGCCCAUUGCAGCCGCAGAUCCACCCGGCCUUCAUGCUUGGUGUUUCGUUUAUGAUGUGGAUGCUCACAUCUACUUCUGCAGCGAACGAGGAGAGGAAGAUAGGUCACCGCUUCCGCCUGGCACGGCCACGUUCCCGAGCGGGACCCGACCUCCGGCCGUCUAUCACACCCACGAGGGCACCCCUUCGACCGCCAACAUCGAGGUUGAGCAACAGAAAAAGGAGGAAUUUGAUAAAGCCACGCUUGCCAGCUACAUGGACCUCGUCAUGAAGCCCAAGUUCACGAGGGCACCCAUUACCGAGGCCGGAAGAGUCGCCUACUUGGGCGAGUCCUCCAACCUUACACUUUUGGUCCACGACCGCCAAAACGACGGGGACGUGGUCCACUACCCCCUACCAGAAAACAUUAGGGGAUCGAGAGCGCGCUUGACCGAGUUGGACAACGUCGAGAUCGAGAUCCUACACCACCGAGGCGCCUUUCUCCUUCCACCACGGCUCCUUUGCGAUGAGCUGAUCGACUCAUACUUCAAAUGGAUACAUCCGAUCGUCCCGGUGAUCAAUAAGACGAAAUUCUUGCGACGUUACAAGGACCCGAAGAAUCCUCCUUCGCUCCUCUUGCUUCAGGCUAUGAUGCUCGCUGGGUCGCGCGUCUGCACGAAUCCGCAGUUGAUGGAUGCGAACGGUUCUUCGACGCCGGCUGCCCUAACCUUUUACAAAAGGGCCAAGGCCCUAUACGACGCCAACUAUGAGGACGAUCGGGUUACCAUCGUCCAGUCUCUUUUGCUCAUGGGCUGGUAUUGGGAGGGCCCCGAGGAUGUCACUAAGAAUGUCUUCUACUGGACUCGGGUGGCAACGAUCGUUGCGCAAGGCUCAGGCAUGCACCGCAGUGUGGAGGGGUCACAACUCAGCAAGUCGGACAAGAGGCUAUGGAAACGGAUUUGGUGGACACUGUUCACGAGGGAUCGGUCGGUGGCCGUUGCCCUGGGGCGGCCUUGCCAUAUCAACCUGGACGACUCGGAUGUUGAGAUGUUGACCGAGGACGACUUUGUGGAGGAUGAACCCGAUCGACAAAGCGAGUACCCUCCGGAUCCGAUCCACGUGCAGUUUUUCCUACAAUACGUCAAGCUCUGCGAGAUCAUGGGUCUCGUGCUCUCGCAGCAGUAUUCAGUCGCCGCAAAGGGGCGUAGACACAAUCCUAUUGACCUUACCCACAGCGACAUGGCGCUUGCCGACUGGCUGCAAAACUGUCCCAAGUUGGUAUACUGGGAGGUGCCGAGGCACCACUUUUGGUCGGCCUUACUUCACUCAAAUUACUACACCACCCUUUGCCUGCUUCAUCGCGCGCAUAUGCCACCGAGUGGCUCCCAGAAGUUUGGGGACGACCAUUAUCCGUCUCGGAACAUUGCCUUCCAGGCGGCUGGCAUGAUCACAUCCAUUAUCGAAAACCUUUCCACUCGCGAAGAGCUUCGAAUACUGCCCCGGCCUUUGUCGGUCUGGCUUGUCGGGAAAAUGGUCCACACACUUUUCGAAUCCAUCCUAGGGAACAAAGUGCUUGAAGAAAGGCUUCAGAAGGCAGCUGGGAAACGGCACCGCAAGGCACAACAAAGCCUAUCCCAACUAGAGCAACAACGUUACGCACAGGAGCAGAAGCGCAAGUACGAUGAGAUGGCUAUCGACUUCAGCGUGAGCACACCCCAGCCGCAAGAAUCGUACGAGCGCUCAAGACCACAGACACCAAGUAUGGCCUCCAAGAACGAAUCAGCGGCUGGGGCGAUGCCGCCUCCCAACCAUGCAUCGCCGCACCCGCGCAACAACGGCGACACUUUUAUGGGAGGGACAGCCUCGCGGCCGCAUACACGACCGGCAACCCCUUUCAACCCCUCUUUCUCGAUCCCUGGCACCCCUCCCGAUCUCUAUCUUGUCACAAGGAACUCGCCGAACCUGUCACAAGCCGUUUGGGAGAACUUCCAACCCGAUCAGCUAUUCCCGGAGAGUGCUCACGCUCCACUGUUCCAACCAAUAUCACCUCAGCAAGCACAACAGAACCUUGACCAGCAGCAGAUGAUGGCGCAGAUGCAAAACCAGAACAUGCAAGGGCAACCGAUGGACGGCGGUCAGAAUGUAUUUGGCCAGGCCCUACCCAAGCGAGGGUUGGAUGGUAGCCCGAUGCAGCAAAAUCCGAUGAUGCAGCAGGGUAUGGCGGGUUCUUUCCAAGGCCAGCAGAACCCCAACAUGUGGCAUGGGUUCGAGGUACCCAUGGUCGACGGGCAAAGCCCGAGCGAUAGUUGGAGCACUGGCUCGGUACACGGUCAGCCGCCUGUACCGGCGACCCUUAACGUGGAAGAUUGGUGA